UCAAAACUCAGCUCAACGAUUUAGAAUUAUUGAAAAGUCGGAAAAUACAGAGAUAAGUUAAUUAAGAAAAUACAAAUUGGUCAUAAAACAUUAGUUUGAGCGUAAAGGCUUCGAUUGAUAAUAAAAUAUAUCGAGAAAAGUGUGGAUAAAGUGCAAAAAUUGAAAAAAAUAUUUAGCAUUUUUCGUUGUGUAGUGAAUUUUUGUUGUAAUGGAAUUAGCCACAGUUUCUGGAUAUGAUUUAAGUCUCUAUAAUGAUGAAAUGUCCGAAGAGGAUGAAAUGUCUACGGACAUAACAGAUUCAUUUGGAGCAGAUGGAGAGCGAAAACCGGGUUUAAAGGGUGUUAAAUGGACAAAAACAGAAGAUACACUACUAAAAUCAUUAGUAGAGCAGUUUGGAGAAAAGUGGGAUUUAGUGUCCAAGCAAUUACCCGAUAGAUCUGACAUCCAAUGUCAACAGCGAUGGACAAAAGUUGUUAAUCCCGAUUUAAUUAAGGGACCUUGGACUAAAGAGGAGGAUGAUAAAGUUGUUGAGCUUGUUGAAAGGUAUGGUCCAAAGAAAUGGACACUAAUUGCAAGACAUUUAAAGGGUCGUAUUGGCAAACAGUGUCGUGAACGUUGGCAUAAUCAUUUAAAUCCAUCGAUUAAGAAAUCAGCAUGGACAGAAGAAGAAGAUAAUAUUAUUUAUCAAGCACAUAAACAAUGGGGCAAUCAGUGGGCUAAAAUUGCAAAGCUCUUGCCUGGACGCACAGAUAAUGCUAUUAAAAAUCAUUGGAACUCAACGAUGCGUCGAAAAUAUGAAGGUGUGGCUGAUCGUGUUGCACAGAAGAAGAAAGAAAGGGAAGAAAUUGAGGGACCUGAAGAAGACAAGCCAAAACGCGAGAAACGUUCUUAUCGUGUCAAUACUGGAAACAGGCCAGAAGACAGAAACAUACCAAAUAGUUGGAUUUAUCAUGAUGAUCUUGGUCCAAUAACUCAAGAAAUUGCAAUAACAACAAAUGAAGGAGACUUCAUUGUAUGUCCAAUUCCCAGUAAAGUCGAUGCAGGCUAUAAAUCUCCAGCUCAAACUUACUCGAUACGUGGAAUUGAUUAUUUAAAAUCACCGUCUUCGUACAAAAAUAUUUAUGAUAAGCCAUACAUCAUAUCACCAUUCAAGAAUAUUGAGAAUAUCUUUAAUGUCCGUAAGCCGAUAAAAGUAACGAGUGAGCAUUUAGGGGAUAUUUACAAAGCUGAGCAUGUCCCAAAUAUUUUACGAAAGAGAAAGCCAAUUAAAACUGAAGAUGAAAUAUACGAAAAUGUAGUAUAUGGAGGCGUGAGACCAAUUAAGCCAGAAAUUGAGCGAUUAAGAGGAGCACAUUCUCCCCCUCCAUCAACAACUCCAAUUAAACCUUUACCAUUCUCACCGAGUCAGUUCUUUAACUCACCAGCUAAUAAUUUGGCGUUUGCUGAUGGAGUUUCGUCAAGUACACCAGUUAAGCAUCCACAAGAACACGAUUCAAGCUUACUGUCCACACCAAUUGUUAAGGAUUCAGGCAAGGACGGCAAAGAUUAUGACACAAAAACACCAUUGAAGAACAAACUUAUUGCUGGAUUAGCUGAGUCUUCAGGAGUCACUCGAACACCGACUCCCUUCAAAAAUGCAAUGGCUGAAGUUGGUCGACGACGAUCAGAAUUAUAUGUUCCACCAAGUCCAAAUCGUUUAGAUGAAGAUAUCAGUGAAAUAAUGCAAAAAGAGGGAUCUGACAAUGAUUCACAAGAAGGUGAUGAUUCGAAAGAAAAUGAAAGACCAGCUAAGAGAAUGAGAACCGAUGAUAAUGAUGACAAUCAAGCAUGGGAAAAUUCAGACAUGAAUUUCCUCGUUGAAACACCGAGUAAGACGCUUGCUUCAGACUCUGGGGUCAUUUUCUCACCACCAAGUAUAAUGCGGGAUGCAUUAGAUGAUUCCGAACUUUAUUUGAACGACGAUGAGGAUGGUUUAUGCUUUAGAAGACGAAAUCAGGACCCAGCAGAUAAGAUUCUGGAUCCGAAAUGGGAAAAGUAUACAUGUGGUCAGACGAAAGAUCAAAUUUACAUGACUCAUUUAGCCCGCAUGACUUUAAAGAAGACAACUUUACAGCCCCGUUCCCUUAAUUUUUACACUAAUAAUUAAGGAUGUUCUUAUAUAAAAAUUUUAUAUAACCAUUUGGUUAACGUCCCCCAAAAAAAAAACAGAGAAUCGACAUAUAUUUGGGAUUUCAAAGAUUUUUUUUGUUCGUUCUUUCGGUUGAUAAUUUUGAUUCUUAAAUUUUCCAAUAUAAUGUAUAAAGAGAAAGUACUUUAAUUAACAAUCAAAUCAUAAAAUAAUGGUUAUAGCCACGUCAAGGAAGCGAAAGUGUAAUUUUAAAGAUGAAGAUAGCUUUUAUUUAUUCCUUCAGAGUUGAUGAGUAUGGAGCAACGAAUAUUGAAAUCUAUUGCUAUAAGGCUACUACAUAAUAUCAUUUAAUUAUAUAUAAGUUUAUGACAGAAUCCAAUGAUUUAUAAGUGCAU